AUGGACGAAGUAGAUGAUAUUCUGAACCAAAAUGAAGCAGAAGAAGAGGAGGAGGAGGAAGAGGAGGAGGAGGAAGAAUUGCAAGAACUGGAUGACGACGAGGAGCAAGAGAACGACAACGAUGACGACGAGGGCGAGGGGAAUGACAAUGAGAACGAUAUAGAUGAGGACGACGACGGCGAUGACGAGAAGGACAAUGAGGAUGGGGAUGGGGAUGAGGAUGAGGAUGAGGAUGAGGAUGAGGAUGGGGAUAUGGAUGUCGAUGAGGAUGAGGAUGAGGAUGAGGAGCACGAGGAUGAGGAGCAGAAAGACGACGAUACCAACUCCAUCCCUCAGAGGGAUGCCCUUCACGACUACUACCUCUCUUUGCUCCAGUCCUCGAAAAUUGCAUCUGCUUAUAAUAUUAUACCAACUGUGGCCAUUCCAAUUCAAUCACAUAUCAAUACGCUGUCCCUAUCAAAAGGGCUGAAAUAUUUAUUUGUAGGGGGUGAUGACGGUUACAUCAGAAAAUAUGACUUAUUGAACUCUAUCGACGGCCAAUUAUCCUUGACAAUCUUACAGAAACAUUCCUUGGCCGAAUCGAUUUCAAAUGCAGGGAUCUUGACUGGCUAUUGGGAAAAUGAAAUUCCACAGAAAAAAGCACAAAUGAAUAUAAUCGAAAAAAACAAUAAAAUCGACUAUCAACCAAUAGUGUCACCCGUUUACUCCAUAGAGGUGCAAAGCCAAUGCAUGUUCUUACUUAGUGGACAAGAUAAUGGGGGGAUAGCAAUGCAAAGUAUUAGAUUCAUGGAAGGCUCGACAAUCCAUUAUUUCAAAGAACAUUCUUCAGUGGUCAAUCUCUUGAGAUUGAAUGACAAAGAAGAUAAGUUCAUGAGUGCGUCAUGGGACAAACGAAUUCUCGAGUGGGAUUUAAAUAAACCGCAAACUUUUGUGAACGAAUUUAAAGGAAGUAAUUCUGAAUUAUCAUCUUUAGAAUAUAGACCGUUGUUUUCCUCAGUUGAAAUACAACAACAAUCUACGGAAAAGAAUAAUCCUGAUAAUAACGAUGAAGACGACGAUUCAUUAUUUGGUGAUGAUGAAGACGAUGACGACAACAACAGCAACGAUCACAAUAACAAUAACAAUAACAACAAGACCGGUACACAUGUGCCGAGUGACGAAAUUUCAAACGAAACUUUAAGAAUAGUAUACGACGAAACAACAUUCAUGUCGUCGGGUCUGAACGGUUCAAUUAAUAUUUGGGAUAAACGUAUUAGUAAAUCUCCUGCAUUGUCUCUCAAUAGAGGACCCGGGAUACCGCCUUGGUGUUUUUCUGCAUGUUGGAGUGCCUCUGGUGAUAGAAUAUAUGCAGGUAGAAGAAAUGCGUGUAUUGAAGAAUUCGAUUUGAAGAUGCCUAGUCAAACUGCAAAGGUAUUAAAACUACCUUCAAUUUCGGGACCUGUCACUUGUGUGAAAUCAAUGCCAAAUCAACGACAUUUACUGGUAGGGUCAAGAGAUAAUAUUAGAUUGUUUGAUACUCAAGUAGACCCGAAGAAUAAUAUACCAUUCUUAAUCGUUCCAGGUCAUCAUGGUGGCGCGAUUUCAAAUCUUUAUGUAGAUCCAAGUUGUAGAUUUGUAAUUAGUACAAGUGGGAAUCGGGGUUGGCAAGGGACUUCCACCGAUACUGUACUAUUGUACGAAGUAGAUAUACAAUAA